GUUUUAACGGCGGUAACAGCAGUCUGAGAUUUUAGUUACAUUAAAAAUGAAUAAUAAACGGAAUAAACAAGUCCGCCAAGCAGUUCAUAGGUCCAGUAGCCGUUUACGGUUGCCAAGCAACGUAGCGACUUGGCGCGUUUAUUGCAUAUACUAGCAUUUCACCAUUUCGUAGUCCGUCCAGUUUGUAUUUGUCGACGCUGUCCACUUUAAUUACAGUCAUGUGUAUUUUUACGAGCUCUGAGUGCUGGGGAAUUUAGUAUGACACGUUUGUAUAAGUUUAGUUAAUACGCGAAGAAAUACGCGAUCAUGUGACCGGGUUGCAGACACACGGCACUGCCGCUAGAGGGCAGGAGCAGGAGGCGCUGAGCGCUGCUUCAUUCAUCAGCUGAGAGAACAGCAGCGCACAGAAACUAGAGGAGACAGUCUGAAGAUGCACACAUGUCCAAACUCGGAGAUCAAAACGAGUAAAGCAAACGGAUUAAUACUGUGAAGCCGACAGCAGAUUCUGUAUUGGAGAAAGAGUAUGGCAGACCCUGGUGCUUUGACAGACCAGUAAAAAGAGAAGAUGGGAGAAGACAACAGAAGCACCUCCACCGAGACAUGGACUCUCAUCCACCCGUCAGGGAGCCCUCAUGACCUCAUGCCGAAUUACGACAUCCCUCUGGACUACGAGGUUCCUGUGGACGAGAUCCCGGACACGACUCAGGGACGAGCAUUCUUCAUGGCCACAAUCGUUAUCGCGGUGGUCUUGGUCUGCAUCAUGCUGGUCUGCGGCGUUGGCAAUUGCGUCUUUAUUGCCUCAUUGGCACGUUACAAAAAACUCAGGAACCUCACUAACUUACUCAUCGCCAACUUGGCAGUAUCAGACUUCCUGGUGGCCACUGUGUGCUGCCCCUUUCUGGUGGAUUAUUACGUGGUCAAACAGCUGUCAUGGGAUCAUGGGAUUGUGCUGUGCAUCUCCAUUAACUACCUUAGGACCAUGUCUCUCUACGUGUCCACUAAUGCCCUGCUAGCCAUUGCGGUGGACAGGUACAUGGCUAUCGUUCAUCCUCUGAAGCCCCGUAUGAAGUUUCAGACAGCGUACUGGCUUAUUUUUGGGGUUUGGAUUAUCCCAGUCCUCAUCGCAGUACCGUCGGCCUACUUCGCCACAGAACACGAGUACCCGCACAGCGCGCUCGGCCACGACAAAAAGAUCUUCUGCGCCCAGAUCUGGUCUGCGGACCAGCAGCUCAUGUAUCGCUCCUAUUUCCUCUUCAUCUUCAUCGUGGAGUUCUUGGGUCCCGUGGUCACCAUGUCAGUCUGCUAUGCGCGGAUCUCAAGGGAGCUUUGGUUCAAGAACUUCCCGGGAUUUCCGACGGACCAGCUACGUAAACGACUACGGCGUCGGCGCAGAACGGUCGUGGCACUGAUCGCGGUUCUGGUAGCGUAUGUGUUGUGCUGGGCGCCGUAUUACAGUUUCACGCUGCUGCGCGAUUUCUACCCAGCGCUGAUCACACGCGGCCGUAACUCGCUGGUUGUUUUCUACAUCAUCGAGUGCAUCGCUAUGAGCAACGGGGUCAUUAACACUCUGUGUUUUGUGAGCGUUAGGAACAAUGGCACAAAGUGCCUCGGAGCCGUCAAACUCGCUAACUGCCGCUCGAUAACAAGGGCGAUUGUUGGCAAGAUAGCGGAAGACGACAUUAGAACUUCAUCUUUGAGAGUGACUGAGAAUGUGGAAUGUACACAAAUAAAGUGAAGGGAUGAGACGGAAAAAUACACUAAAGGUUUGGUGGUCUACUUUGGAAAGAUCCGCACAGCAUGAACAUAUGAAUUACAGGCCCAAAAAAGUUUAGAAGAGCCAAGAGAAUUACAAAUGGAAAAGGUUCAGAUCACAUAACUGAAGACCAUUUGGUUCAGCCAACUGUUGUGAUAUGAAAAAUGACACUGAUGAGAGACUGAACUCAUUUAUGAGCAAUAUGAAAGAAAAUACUCCCAGAUUAAUAUAUUUAUUGCUUCAAAGACCCACUUUAUGCCAACAAGCAUUUUCAGUGAUCGGACCAAAGGUUCUGUGAUUAAUGUAGUUUAUAGAGCAGAAAUUAUGUUGCUGGCUGAAACCUUGAGUUAACAGAUUUGAACAAAAGUGCCAAAUGAAAUGUCUAGUUAGCGAUUGUCUUUCAGACUAAUGUAAAACAAAAAAAAAAAAAACACAUUUUUGCUAACCCUAAACUCCAAAAAUGUACCUACAUACAUUUCACUGCAGAUUCCAGUUGAAAUGAUCACUAGUGCCAGUAAAUCACCAACAACUUUUAUUCCUUUUCACAAAAAAAUUACGAUUUCAGGGAAAGAUUAUCCAUUAAUAAAGAUUUAUUUUUGCCCUUGCACAAUAUACAUUUUGACCUUAAAACACUUUUACCAUAAUGCAUGAUUUGUAAACUAAUACAUUUUGACAUUUGCAUCACAUAACCAGCUUUAUAUAUAUGGCUUUUCUGACGAAGUAAACUUGCUCGGUAGCUCACCUGAUACAGCACGGCACUUGCGUUAUUGAGUCACAAUAAAAAAAAAGCUCAAAGACUAAGCUAAAAUGGCACAGUUGCUUCAGCAAAUGCGUUUUUAUGUCACGUUUGCUUUUGUUAACUACGGAGCCCCGACAUGAUAUAAAGGGGGAAAAAAGUAAAUUGUGUACACGAUUUACUAAUUCAUUCCCUUGAUUUGCUUAAUCACGCACAACUUACUAUUUCGUUCCCUCAGUUUGCUAAAUCUUGUGCACAAUUUACUAUUUCGUUCCUUUGAUUUGCUAAAUCGUGCGCACGAUUUACUAAUUUUUUCCCUCGGAUUACUAAUUCGUGCACACGAUUUACUAAUUCAUUCCCUCGAUUUACUAAAUCCAGUGCACAAUUUACUAUUUCAUUCCCUCGAUUUGCUAAAUCGUACAUACAAUUUACUAAUUUGUUCCCUCGAUUUGCUAAAUCGUGCACACAAUUUACUAUUUCGUUCCCUCGAUUUGCUAAAUCUUGUGCACAAUUUUCUAUUUCGUUCCCUCGAUUUGCUAAAUUGCGCGCACUAUUUUCCAGUUCGUUCCCUCAGAUUACUAAUUUUGCACAGAUUUACUAAUUUGUUCCCUCAAUUUGUUUAAUCGCGCACGAUUUACUAUUUCGUUCCCUCAAUUUGCUAAAUCGUGCGCACAAUUUACUAUUUCGUUCCCUCGAUUUGCUAAAUUGUGCGCACUAUUUACCAAUCCGUUCCCUCAGAUUACUAAUUUUGCACACGAUUUACUAUUUUGUUCCCUCAAUUUGCUAAAUCAUGCAGACGAUUUACUAUUUCGUGCGUACGAUUUACUAAUUCGUUCCCUCCUCGGAUUACUAAUUCGUGCACACGAUUUACUAAUUCGUUCGCCCCGGAUUACUAAUUCAUGUGCACGAUUUACUAAGACGUUCCCUCGAUUUGCUUAAUCACGCACGAUUUACUAUUUCAUUCCCUCAAUUUGCUAAAUUGUGCAGACAAUUUACUAAUUCGUUCCCUCGAUUUGCUUAAUCGCGCGAUUUAUAAGUCGAGGGAACGAAUUAGUAAAUAGUGCGCACAAUUUAGCCUACUAUUUUUUUUCCUGCAUGUCAUGUGCGGGGCUCCGUAGUUAACACUAUCGGUUAGAUUUAGUGCAGGUGGUAUGUUUUUUAAUAACCUUUUACCGCCACUCGACGGAUAGUGUUCAACUGCAGCAAUAAAAAUAAAAGUACAACCAACAUAAUAAAACUUCAGAUUCACGUUCAUCUGUUUCAGAUAAAACUAACACACUUUUAGCGUCACUCACUGGACAUUUCACUUUGAACGUGUCAGGAAUUUGGGUUUUUUUUUUUUUUUUUUUUCUCCAGAUAUUUUGCCACAGGCACGUUUUUCCAGUGAAACUGGGUUGCUAAUUAACUAAUAAUUUGGCUCUUCCAUGAAUAAGAGUAAAGUGUAAAUAAAGCAUUUGUGAU